AUGGUCAAGGAUACCAAGCUCUAUGACACCCUGGGGGUACCCGAGACAGCCUCUGAAGCUCAGCUGAAGAGCGCCUACAAGAAAGGUGCACUCAAGUAUCACCCUGACAAGAAUGCAAACAAUCCAGAAGCGGCCGAAAAGUUCAAGGAAAUGUCCCAUGCCUAUGAAAUUCUUUCGGAUCCUCAGAAGCGUCAGAUUUACGAUCAGUAUGGUGAAGAAGGCCUUGAAGGCGGUGCUGGCGGUCCAGGAAUGGGUGCCGAGGAUCUCUUCGCUCAGUUCUUCGGCGGCGGCGGUGCGUUCGGCGGUAUGUUCGGCGGUGGCAUGCGGGAUCAAGGCCCCAAGAAGGCCCGUACUAUUCACCACGUACACAAAGUCAGCCUGGAGGAUAUCUACCGUGGCAAGAUCUCCAAAUUGGCAUUGCAGAAGUCCGUCAUUUGUCCCGGAUGUGACGGCCGUGGUGGUAAGGAAGGCGCCGUCAAGUCCUGCACUGGCUGCAAUGGUUCCGGUAUGAAGACAAUGAUGCGCCAGAUGGGCCCCAUGAUCCAGCGAUUCCAGACCGUUUGUCCCGACUGCAGCGGAGAGGGAGAGAUUAUCCGCGAGAAGGACCGUUGCAAGCGCUGCAAUGGUAAGAAGACCGUCGUGGAGCGCAAGGUGCUUCAUGUCCACGUCGACAAGGGUGUCAAGAACGGCCACAAGAUCGAGUUCCGCGGCGAGGGUGACCAGAUGCCUGGCGUCCUACCGGGUGAUGUCGUAUUCGAGAUUGAGCAGAAGCCUCAUCCCCGUUUCCAGCGCAAGGAUGACGAUCUGUUUUACCACGCUGAGAUCGACCUCCUGACUGCUCUCGCCGGCGGUUCUAUCAACAUCGAGCACCUUGAUGAGCGGUGGUUGACCGUCAACAUCGCUGCUGGCGAGGUUAUCACCCCUGGUGCCAUCAAGGUGAUCAAGGGCCAGGGUAUGCCCUCUUUCCGCCAUCAUGACUUUGGUAACCUGUACAUCCAAUUCGACGUCAAAUUCCCUGAAAAGGAUCAGCUCCAGAACCUCGAUCUCUUGGAGAAGGUCUUGCCACCUCGUCGGGAGCAGCCUCAGCCUCCGGCUGAUUCAAUGGUUGAGGAUUUCGAACUGGAGGACAUUGACGCCAGCGAGGGCUCUCAAAGACGCGCUCACGGCGCCGCCAGCGCCAUGGACGAGGAUGACGACGAUGUUCCUCCUGGCGCUGAGCGGGUGCAGUGUGCUUCGCAGUAA